ACUACGCAAGGCUUUCUUGUUACGCAUCGACAGCCUCGUUGACAAGUACCUUUGGCCUUUGUGCCCAGUCGUUCAUUAUCUAAUACCUAUACAACUUAAUACUACCCGCUUCACUCGUUCAGCGGAAGAGACCACUACAAACUUCACCUAAAUAACGUAAACUAGUUUCAACAUGAAGGCUGGUAUCGUCGCGGCGGCCCUUGUCGGGUCUGCCGUUGCUUCUCAGCAUAACCGCCACCAAGGCUUCCACAUGCGCCGUGGUGAACACGCAGCCGAGGAGGUCUGCACGGUCUACCACACCGUCUACGUAACUGGAUUGCCUCCUAUGGCUGCUAACAGCACCAUGGCUGUCCCGCCCACUGCACCGCAGACCUCGACUACUUGCACCGAGUCGUCCUCCGUCUACGUACCCGGCGUACCAGCUUCUACCGCUGGUGUACCUUCGCCUUCCACCCCGGCUGGUGUCACCUCGACUGCGCCUGGAGUUCCAGGAGUACCGGCCUCGUCCGCUCCUCCCAACUACCCAGCUGUUCCCGCGUCCUCCAAGCCCGCGGUUCCAGUAGUUUCAUCCUCAUUCGCUAUUCCUAGCUACCCAGUGGUUGACUACUCAACUCCCGCGGUCCCUGCUGUCCCGGCUUCGUCUACCUCCUGCACUGAGGAGGAGCACAAGCCCACUCCUGAGGCCCCCAAGCCCACCAGCUCAGGACCUGCCUACCCGGCUGUGCCAAUGUCUUCGAGCGCACCCCACCCAGCUGUCCCGGUUUCUACCAAGCCCGAGGUUCCAGCUGUCCCAGCUUCCUCCAAGCCUGUUGUGCCUGAGGUUCCGGCUCCCUCCAAGCCUGUGGUUCCCGGCGUCCCGGCUUCGUCCACUUCCUGCACUGAGGAGGAGCACAAGCCCACUCCUGAAGCCCCCAAGCCUACCCCCGAGGCUCCCAAGCCCACUCCUGAGGCCCCUAAGUCUACUGCUGAGGCUCCCAAGCCCACUCCCGAGGCCCCUAAGCCAACUCCCGAGACUCCCAAGCCCACUACUCCCGCCGCUCCUGUAGCUGAGUCUUCCAAGCCUGCAUACCCGGCUGUUCCUGUUGUCUCAUCAUCUGCGCCAGCACACCCUGUGGUUCCUAUCAGCCAGCUUCCAUCGUUCACUCCCGCUGUCCCCACCACCACUUCCAAGCCUGCCGCUGCUAAGCCCACCCCCAGCAGCUCCAAGCCUUCUGGAAACACACCCUCCAACGCCGGAAGCUACGGAAAGACCGGCCGCAUCGUGACCAACGGCGACAAGUGGUCCAUGACCUACACUCCCUACGCCAGCGACGGUCAAUGUAUGGCUCCAGAUGCUAUCCGCGCUGACAUCAAGAAGAUUGCUGGGCUUGGUUUCACCACCAUCCGCAUCUACGCCACUGACUGCGGUGUCUUUGAGCACGUCGUCCCUGCCUGCCAGGAACACGGCCUCAAGGUUAUCUACGGUGUCUUCCUCGAGGCUGGCGGCAAGGGUCCUUUCUCCGACCAUGCAAACGAGCAGGUCCAGGACAUCAUUGAACACGCCCCCAAGGACUCCAUUUCCAUGGUCAUUGUCGGAAACGAGGUCCUCUUCAACAAUAUCUGCAGCGCUGAGCAACUUGGUUCCUACAUCGACCACGUCCGCAACCAGUUCCGCUCAGCUGGCUUCCCCGAGGACAUUGCCUUCACCACCGCUGAGCCUGUCGGCACCUGGGAAGAGAAGGGUGCUGCUCUCUGCUCGCACAUUGAUGUCUUCGCCGCUCAGAUCCACCCCUUCUUCACUGCUAGCAUCGAAGCCUGCGAUGCCGGUGACUUUGUCGCCCAGCAGCUCGAACAGGCCGCCAAGGUCUGCCCCGAAGCCGCUGCUAACGGCAAGUUCGUCACCGAGACUGGCUGGCCUCACCAGGGUAACGCGAACGGCAAGGCCGUUGCAAGCCAGGAGCAGCAGAACAUUGCUAUCAAGAGCAUCAUUGAGAAGAUCGGUUCCUCGGUCUGCAUCCUCGGUAUGCACGAUGACGGAUGGAAACACCCCGGUGAAUUCGGUGUUGAGCAGUUCUGGGGCUGCGCCGCUGCUCUUGAGGCUAUGUGA